AUGAACUCAAGUACCGAUUCUUACAGUGAUAGCGACGGCAGCUUGUUGACAUACAGUUCAUCCUCAUCUGAGACCGAUGAUGAGAUUGAUCUAACUAAAUGGACGACUACUCCAACAAUCAAUGGAAAUUCAUUUCAGUUUGUUGGCAACCGUGAAGUUUUAGUCGGAAAAGCACGAAGUCCUAUUGAUUUCUAUAACUAUGUUCUCCCUCAGCAUCUCGUACAAAUAAUUGUUCCUUCGAACGAACGAACCAACGAACGAAUCGCAAGAUAUUACAAUACAUUGAUGGCAUUGAAAUGGCAUGACAAAAAAUAUGUUCGUAUAUUGUCAACAUAUCAUAAAAAUGAUACUACAAUCAUUCAGAAACAUCAAAUUCAAAUUGAGAAACCAACAUGUGUCCAUGAAUAUAAUGAUACGAUGUGUGGAGUCGAUAUAGCUGAUCAACUGAUAGCUGCUUACAGUAUUCCUCGAAAGAGAUUGAAAACGUAUUACAGGAAAAUAUGUAUGGUUUUGCUCGAUUUUGCUAUACUGAAUUCAUACGAGUUAUAUAAAAUCAAAACCCAACAAACAAGCAAUACUGCUAUGACUCAGCUUCAAUUUCACAUAGCUCUUGUUCGUUCCUUAUUGGAACAAAAUCUCGACGAUAAUCUUCCAGGACACUUAGUCAAGAGAGGAAGACCAUCAAAUGAACCUACACCAGCACGGCUAAUUUCACGACAUUUUCCAUCCUUUAUUCCUCUCACUGAAAAUAAGCAAAAGCUAGCACGACGUUGUUACGUUUGCACUCAUCCACAAAAUCAGAUAAACCGAGCAAGACAUGAAUCAAGAUUCGAGUGUACGCUUUGUCAUGUUGCGCUUUGUGUUGAUCCAUGUUUUCGUAUUUACCAUACUGUAUUAAAUUUUUGA